AUGCUUUCAACAACACCAAACGGUGGUCCAGCUACAUUCGUAGCAAUCAAUGGAAUGUUACCAACCCAUCCGCAUGGAACCCAGUUUCCGGGCAAUCCAUCGGGUGCGAUGUUUGCUAUCCCGCCUGGAAUGACCACUCCGAAUUUAUUGACUGGGCAGAAUUUGACCACGGGUCCGUUUAUUUUACCAUCCGGUCCAUUUCCACAAGGUCCACCAGCCAAUUUAACAUGUACUGUCCCUUAUUCGUCUGCACAGUUUCAACCAAGUCCAGCCCCACCGCCACCACUUCCUUCACUUCCACCCCCACCGCCGUCACUUUUCCCAUUCCUGACACAUACGGCUGGUGGAUUGUUAGCUGCCGCUGGUCCGCAUGGAUCUUUAACGUUGUCCUCUCCGUUCGGUGGUCCGUUACCAUCCCAUUUGUUGCAACCUCAUCCGCCGCCUGGUGCUACGAAUCUGUCCACGUUUCCCACUUCACUUUCAAACAGCACCAACCUCGGCACGCUGACACUGCCCAACACACUGAUCCCGGAUUCCAACCAUGGAGCAGCUAACAAUAAUACUCACAUCAACGGGAAUAACAAUACUAGCUCUGGUAACCCGAACAAUGGAUUAUCCGUAUCCUCAGUAUCGUCUUCUAUGUUUGCCAAUCAUUUAGUGUCUUCACCGCUCAUAUUACCCACCUUGUCGUUGGCCAUGGGUAAUCAAUCGCUCAGUGGUAACCCGAAUGAUAUGCUCUCUUUCUCACUGGCUCCACCGUGUAGCACAAUCAAUACGGGUGCAGUUAGUGCGGCCAACAAUACAAGCACCAGCACUGUCAACAGUAUGCACAUUCCCAUCUCAUUGGCCCCCAGUGCCAUUACAUCGAUGGCCAAUUCCGGUAUGAUUACCACGUCAUCUACUCCCAGUUCGUGUGUAUCUAUGUUCUCCAACCCAACACAUGGUCUGACCAUUUCCACCAGCUCAUCUAUCGUCCCGGUGAACGUUGCUCCGGCCUACGGUUUCUCAUUACCAUCCUGUUCGUGUUCGUCUACCCUCACAACAACUGUUCUACCGGCUAUCUCAUCCGGCCCGUCUCCGACAGUCUCGUCGUCAUCAUCGUCCUAUUCCUCGGUCUCGUCUGAUUCGAUCAUCCNUUCGAAUUCACAGACCCCGGUUACCUCAGUCGCGACGUCUACUUCCACUUGUGUUAAAGCGGAAAAACCUCAAACACCUAUCUUGUCUGCAUCGCCAACGCGCAACACUGGUGCUGCUAACGGGAGUAGUGGACAUCGAUUGACAAAUAGUGAGAAUUUGCUGGCGCUAGAGUCCGUCGAUUUUCAUCGAGAUGUAAUUCUCGACGCGAUCGAUAAGUUGAGAGAGCGUAAGGCGCGUCCGGACUUUGAACGAAUUUCUUGUCUACUCAAGCGGCAUCAGAAUAUCAAUCCGGAUCAUACACAAGUGUGUUUAGGACGUUUAGCCGCAGCUGGUGCAGUGGUCUGUGUCGACUACAAGGGAAAUUUGAGCUAUCGAAAUCCAUCCAAAUGGCGCAAAACUGCCACCAAUUCGGCCACCGUUAACCCCACCGGAGUCAGUCAACGAUUAGUCGACGCGGUGCGUCGUCUCAUGAUCGGGACAGUUCAGGGACAGUUAAAUUCCUCCAGCUGUGUAGAUCCGAGU